AAUGACAGAGCAUUUUAAGCCCAAAGCUUCAUCCAGCCAAAUUCCACAAUGGAGACACAGAUCUGCAGGGAGAUUCCAGACAGCACAUUCUGUGUUUCCUUAAAUAGGGCUGAUAUUUCCCUCUGUCCCACAUGUGAUCCAUCUGAGCUCACACAGCCCUUAAAAAUCUGCAAGGAUCUUGUUCUGCUGCCUGACGGAUGAGCCUUGGAAAGGAGAGUUUUGUUGGCUGUCCCGUUGCCUUUCUUCCUACAAAGCAGGCUGCUUCCCAGACCCUUGGGAAGGCUGCACCAAAAUCUCUUCUAGCAGAUCACAACAAGAAGGCACAAAGAAGGAGACCGGAGACACAAAUCUGAGAUGUCAAACUGCACGAUGGAGCCUUAAGUAGGACGAACUUCAGGCCAGAUGCCCAAGAGAGGUGUUAAAUUUUGGUUAAAGCCCACACCAGUAGCAAUAGAAAGAAGGAAGGGGGAUUGCAAGAGAUUGGAGACCACACCACCAUGGCCUCUGCUGCUUCUAGAGCAAAGGAAAAGGGAGAGGAGGGCUCCCACCACCCCAUCCCAGAGCAUCGGAUGGACGAUGGAUGUGGAGGUGGCACACGGCCGGAGCGAGGUCGGCUCGGAGAUCCCGAGGUCAUCAGCCACCGAAACCACCUCAAGAAAGGGAAUUUCCAAACAAAACUCCAUUUGGAGCACCUGGCAGAGAAGCUGAAGCUUUUGGGGCUGGAUGGAGACAGAGGGGAGAAGGAGAAACUCUGCUUGUGGCACAAGAGGACGUUCCUCUCCAAUGGACCACGGGAUGAUGGAGGUCCCACUGGAGCCCCCAUAAAGGAAUCGGUGCAGGAGGACGGGGAGCAGAUUUGCUGCAAUUUGGAGAACCUCAAGAAACAAAAGAAGGAGCUCUUAGAACUCAAAAUGAGCGGAGAGAAGCGAUGCCAAGACUUUCUGACACGGACGGAGGCUGAAAGGCAGAAAAUUGUGUCAGAAUUCCGUCAGCUCCGCCAUUUUCUGAAGGAGAAGGAGGUGAUGCUUCUGGCACAGCUGGGAGAGCUUGACAGGGCUGUGCUGAGGAGGCAGGAGGAGGAGGAGGCCAAGGUGGAGGGGGACAUUUCUCUCCUAAGCAUCCUCAUCUGUGAGAUGGAGGAGAAACUCAAGCGACCCACACGUGAAUUCCUACAGGAUGCCAGAAGCACACUGGACAGGUGGGAUAUGGGCAGAACUCAAAGGACGAUGGAGAACUUUGCAGAUGUGGAACGGAGGCUCCGUGUCAUCUCCCAACAAAAUAAAAUCCUCAAGGAGACACUGGGGAGAUUUCAAGAUCUUUUACCAUCUGAGCUGGAGAAGGAGGAAGGAGCAUCUGUAGGAGAAGAGGGCAAAGCAUUUGUCACCCUGGACCCAAACACUGCCACUGCAGGGCUCGUCCUGUCCCGGGACCGACGUGGGGUGAGAUGGAUGGAUAUAGGGCACAACGUGUCCCCUUGUCCCCAGCGCUUCGAUGUCUCCUGCUGUGUGCUGGGCUGUCGGGGUUUCACCUCAGGGAGGCACUUUUGGGAUGUGGAGGUGAUGGGUGGUGGCACGUGGGCACUUGGGGUGGCAUGCAGCUCUGUGCCCAGGAAGGGUUGGCUCACUUUCCACCCCGAUUAUGGGAUUUGGGCUAUGGGAUGCUGUAGGAACCGCUUCCGAGCUUUCACAUCUCCCCCAACCGCCCUCCCCAUCGGUGGGAAUCCCAACAGGAUUCGAGUGGUGUUAGAUUAUGGAGGGGGACAGGUGGCUUUCUACCUCGCUGCCCAAAAAAAUCCCAUAUUUGCUUUCCAAAAUGCUUCUUUUUGUGGGGAGAGCAUCUUCCCCUUCUUCUGGGUGGGCAGAGAAUCCCACCUCCACCUCUGCCCCUGAGAGAAGGAAAAGGGAGGUCUGAAAUUUUGGGGUGAGCAUCUCCAUCAGCUCAUCUGCAGUACAAUGGGAUCUUCCAGUCUUUGGGUUUUGUGCUCGUUGUGCCAUUAUUUUUAUGGCAUCCUAAGAUGGUGCUGUAUUAUUUUUAUGACAUUGUAAGAGGAUGGAGCAGAAAAUUUGUCACAAAUUAACAAGGGGAAAAAAAAAAAAAAACAGCAAAUCAAAACAUGGAAUUUUCUUGUUGUGUUUAAUGGGAUCCAGGGUUGGGGGAAGGACCACAGCUCUAGAUGCUGUGGGAUCAUUUCUCUGUGUUCCCUGGGGACUUGGGGUGACGUGGAGGGGACAGAGGGGGGCUGUAGGGUAACAGCAUUUGGCAGAUUCGGGUCUUUCCGUCCCAUGUUUGGGAUUCAGAUGCACCUUUAUUUGGGGGGGGCAGAAACCCCUCCUGUGCCUCUUUUUGGGUUUCUCCAUCCCUCACAACGUGUGGUGGAAGUGAAAAAGAAACAGAAAUUCUGCCCAAACCCACGGGUUUUGUGGAAUAACCGAAGUGAAAGUGAAACCCAGCCGGGACUGGGCUGCAGCCCAUGAGCAUUUCUCCUGAUUUCUCCAACCACCCACAGCUUGCAGGGACCAGCAGCACUUCCAGAGAGUUUCUGGGGGCUGGUGGUGCAAGAUUACAGCACGAAGCAGCUGAGAGAGAUGGGAAUUUGCAGAUAUUUGCCCCUGAUGAAUUCCCUU